AUGUUUGACGGCUUGACGACCGUUUCGCCUUCGUUGAGGCCGACUUCGAGGGGAGGCUCAGAGACGCCGUUGCCACAGCUUCCACCCGCACUCAACUCGCCCGAGGACUGCCAGAAGCGCGCACAACUCCCGCCGUUGCCGCAGGUCGAGUGCAUUGCACGCGCACGCAUCCCCACCACCAAUGACACAGAGAUUUACUUGCACUUGUACGCUAACGACAUAGAUCAGAAGGAACACCUUGCAAUCGUGUUUGGCGAGAAUAUCCGCUCAAAGACGUUAUUCCGUCAGCGCGGGGCGAACGAGCCCAGCCAGGACCGGAUGACCCGUGGUGCGUACGUGGGCAAGCUCUACCCAGGGCGGACCGACGCGAACGAGGACACAAAGAUGGGAUUGAAGUUGGUGUUUGACGAAACCACAGGUGAGCUUCUCGGGGAGCCAGCGUGCGACCCCACGUUGGCACGGAUCCACUCAGAGUGUUACACCGGCGAAACCGCGUGGUCUGCCAGAUGCGACUGCGGUGAGCAGUUUGACGAAGCCGGACGUCUCAUGGGCCGUGAGGGCAGGGGCGUGAUUGUCUAUUUGAGACAGGAGGGGCGCGGCAUUGGGCUAGGCGAGAAGUUGAAGGCGUACAACUUGCAGGACUUGGGUGCCGAUACCGUCCAGGCGAAUUUACUCUUGCGGCAUCCGGCUGACGGCCGCUCAUUUGGGUUGGCGACCAGUAUUUUGCUUGAUUUGGGCUUGGAGGAGAUCAAGUUGAUGACAAACAACCCAGACAAGAUUAUCGCCGUGGAGGGAAACGAGAGACAGGUGCGGGUGAUUGAGCGAGUUCCGAUGGUCCCAUUGGCCUGGAGAGGGUUGGGCGGGGGGAUUAAGUCGAAGGAGGUGGAUGGGUAUUUGCGGACGAAGAUUGAGAAGAUGGGACAUAUGUUGGAUCAGAAGUAG